AUGUCUGAUACACUAGAAAAAGAUCCUUAUGAGCAGCUAGGCAUCACGCCGGAAAGCACAUUGGAGCAGAUUCGUCGGGCCUACAGGGUCACAUCGCUCAAGGUGCAUCCCGACAAGAACCCAUCACCUGAAGCCGCAACACUGUUCCACGCUCUGACACAGGCAUACAACCUUCUCCUCGACCCUACCCAACGCAGUGCCCUCGACGCAUCCCUC